UGACAACACCUUUAAAUGACAGUUCAACAUUAACUUCUUUUCGUAGCCAUUUUUAUUUGUUUAAUAUGCUUUAAAUAAAUUUUGUCGGUUUUUAAAUGCAAAAAUUAUAAUUAAAUACAUAAACAAGACAAGAAAAAAAUUCAUAAAAAUCAAUAUGGGCAAAUCAAGAUCUAGGUCGAGAACACCAGUCAAACGACGACAUCACAAAAGUAAACACAAACGCAAGAGCAAAUCCCGAGACCGAGAUAGAUCUGAGAGAAGUUCGCAUUCUCAUAGUCGACACAGAGAUAGAAGCCGUGAAAGAAAUUCAAAUAAAAUAAACAGAAAACGCUCCUUGUCGGUUUCAUCUUCGGACAGCUAUGCAUCUAGUGCAAAUGAAAAACGUCGUCAGAGGAAAAAAGGACGUACCAAGAAGCUUGACGAGGUGGAGAGACUUGCCGAAAUGGAGCGACAAAGAAGACAGAAGGAGGCUGAGCAAAAGAUAAUAGAAGAAGAAGCAGCCAAAAGAAUAGAACUUUUAGUUAAAAAACGUGUUGAAGAGGAAUUAGAAAAGCGAAAAGAAGAAAUUGAACGAGAAGUUAUAAGACGUGUUGAAGCGGCCAAAAAAGAUAUGGAACAUGAAAUGAUGCUCGAACUGGAAAAACGAAGGGAACAAAUUCGUGAAGAAGAAAAACGACGAGAGGAAGAAGAAAAACAGAAAAGAGAUGAAUUAGAGCAGAUUCUUGCUGAAAAUAAUCGCAAAAUCGAAGAAGCUCAGCGAAAAUUGGCUGAAGAGCGAUUAGCAAUAAUUGAAGAGCAACGUCUAAUGGACGAGGAAAGACAGAAAAUGCGUAAAGAACAAGAAAAACGUGUCAAGGAAGAACAAAAAGUCAUUUUGGGAAAAAAUAACUCUCGGCCUAAAUUAUCUUUUUCAUUAAAACCUGGUGCUUCAUGAGUUUAAAUAUUUAAAUAUAAGAAAUUGUAGAUGUUUUUAGAUUUUA